ACGCGGCACAGAUUUGACAGUUCUGAAAAUUGUCAACAAGCAGGCUGAAAUGAAUCGGAUUAACCCGGAAAAAAAAGAAUCGCAAGAGCCAUGUCGGUGUGCAUUCCUAUGAAUUCGACUUGAAAUGCAACUGACAACGAAGUUUGCAUUUGGAAAAUCGUUUAAAUAACUGAAAUAAAAUAAAUUGCUCAUAAAUCUUUGCGAUUCCCGCAGUCGAGAUGCUGCUAGCUGGCUAGUUUACCCCGUCGAGCUGCGCGCCACUCCUGGGCUGAAGAAAAGCUGGCGAGCUAACUUUUCUUAAUGUAGAGUUUCACCCGAAUACAGUAGGACCAUUGUAUCACCUAUCUUCAACCACAUUAUCCUUUGGCUUUGGGGUAAGUUUUAGUCAGUUGACUUUCUGUAGCCUAUACAGCGAACAGUAGUUUUGUAUUGAGUAUAACAAAUGUACAUGCAGCACACUUAAAAACAGUAAACUACAGUUAUCAGUGAUGAUUUCUGGUAUUGAGUGAACAUGAUAUGUGUGAAUGCCCUUUGUACUCCACAAUGGCUUUGUUUUUGCUUUAUCUCUAAUGUUCUUUCCUUUCCUUUGUUUUGACAAGCCUGGGUUGCAGUCAGAUCUUAUCUGCCACUGUGGCCCCUGCAAAAUGACCUGACACAAUCUUCAUCACAGUCAUAAAACAACAAUGGCAAGAAUAGCUUGGUAUCAAGAGAAGAUUGGUGCAUAUGAUCAGCAGGUCUGGGAGAAAUCUCUGGAGCAAGCAGAAUUUAAUGGUAUUGACAGUAAACCAAAGAGGUCUGGCCACAUCAAGACAGACCUCAUUGAUGUUGACUUAGUAAGAGGAUCCACAUUCAGCAAGGCAAAGCCAGAUAGUCCAUGGACAGCAUUGACCCGUAAGGGUCUGGUCAGGGUGCUCCUAUUCCCCUUCUUUUUCCAAUGGUGGAUCCAGGUGACCUCCAGGUCCAUCUCCACCUGUAUCCUGGUGCUCUACUUGAUGCAAGUGGCAGCAUCAGUGUUGUACAUGGAAGUUCCUGCAGCCAGUGCUAGUGAGCUAUUUGGGCCCAUGUGUCUGAUGUUGUUGCUCGGGACAGUGCACUGCCAGAUAGUGUCCACUGAGUCCAACCGGAGCCCCUCAGACAGCCCUGUGAGCAGCACCAGCCCUGCACGAAGGAGGAGGCCAAGGAAGGGUAGAGGAUUGAAGAGAACAGAAGGACAGGGGACCGAUGGGGACACUGAGCUGCAGCCUUGGCAGCUGGAGGAAAACCAGAGGUUGUACAGAUCAGAGGAGAGAAGGAACAACCAGAGAAAGUCAGGCUUUGGGGCCUCUGACGAACUUUCAAGUGAGGAGGAUGGGAAAGAAAAACUACCUACUGGUGUAGCUGGAACUAUACCUGCCUCUGUCCUCAGGAAGAGACGCCUUCACUCCUUCUCUAACCCCUCAUCACCUCAGGAGGAAAGUAGUGGAGGUGCCAUGGACACUAAGGUGAAACCUCAUGAAGUGGAGCGCCUUAGGACCGAACUGGAGCGCCCGGCUUCUGACACAGAUGACACAAUAUGGGAGGAGCUUCUUCAGGGGCCUGACACAGCCUCCACUGGCAGUAGUGACAGUGAGGGGGACGGGCGAUACGGCCCUGGCCUGACCCUCCCCCCGUUCACCACUCUCAGCAGUGAUGAUGAGACCCUGCUGCAGGGCCAUCUAUCGUGGCUGCAGGCGUGCCACCCAUCCAGAGACCGGGUCAGUGUCAUCAUCUGGGAGCAGGGGGAGUGCAAGAAAGCAGAUAUGUCAGUACUGGAGAUCAGUGGGAUCAUCCUCACACGGGUGAAGGUGGUGGAGCAAGGCAUGGGUUACCUAGCCCUGGGGGGGUUGUUCACUGCCACACUGGCACUGCUUCCUUUUGUCUUCCGCCUGGCACAACAGCUGGACAUGAAGCGCCUGAGCUCCCUGUCCCUGGUAGAGCUGGCUGUCAUGGUGGUGGGGCCGCCCAACACCCAGAUCUACGCCUUCUUCUUCAUCACCACCGUGGAGAGGCUUUGCCUCACCGGACUCUUCUUCUUCAUGAUGUGUGUGGCAGAGAGGACCUACAAACAGCGGCUUGUUUUCGCCAAACUCUUCAACCACAUCACCUCAGCACGAAAGGCUAAGAAGUGGGAAAUCCCCCAUUUCAGGCUGAAGAAUGUGCAGAACAUAAAGAUGUGGCUGUCGCUCCGCUCCUUCCUCAAGAGACGUGGACCCCAGCGUUCCGUUGAUGUCAUUGUCUCCUCCAUCUUCCUCCUGGCCCUCUCCAUCGCCUUCAUCUUGUGUACACAGCUCCUGAACAGUCACCACACCUUCCUGGACUCUGAGACCAACUGGGAGCUCAUGGUGUGGGGUUCCUCUCUCAUCCUCUUCUUGCUCCGCCUGGCCACCUUGGGCUCCGAGACCAACUGUAAAUACAGCAACGUGUCAGUGCUGCUGACGGAACAGAUCAACUUGUAUCUUAAGAUGGAAAAGAAGCCCAACAAGAAAGAAAUGUUGAACAUAGUGAACAAUGUUCUGAAGCUUGCAACAAAAUUAAUGAAAGAGCUUGACACCCCCUUCCGACUGCUGGGUCUGACUGUGAACCCUCUUAUCUACAACAUCACACGUGUGGUCAUCCUGUCUGCAGUCUCCGCUGUGGUCAGCGAUCUGCUCGGCUUCAACAUCAGACUGUGGAAGAUCAAGCCUUAAUGCUAAACCACUAACUGUUGGACAAUGGAGACUGCCAACUCCUACCAUCCACAGCUUGCUAUCUGUGCAAAGUGUGCAAUUCUACUGAGUGAUCCCCUAUGCAUCUCAGUGCCUUCCCUCCCAGGAACAUUGAACUUUCAAUCACAGAAUACCAUUGUGGUCAUACACAAGCAUGAACUCUUGACAAUGAAUGAUAUACACAUCCUUGACUACUACAUCUGCUGCAGCAGUUCCAGUAACCCAGUGCCUGAAUCUGGAAUGUCCCUGGACCUGACCACUUCCUGGCUCUCACAUGGAGAAACAGUAGCCAAUGGGUGCCUUCUGAACACUGAGAAAUUUGCUGGACAUUUGAAUGUAAACCAUUUUAAGACAUGGAGAAACUAUGGAAUAGGAAACAAAAAUUAACUAAUUCUUAUAAAAGAAUUGGACAUUCCAGUGUGGUUUGAUAUGUACAUGGAACAAAAAUAUAAACGCAACAUGCAACAAUUUCAAAGAUAUUACUGAGUUACAGUUCAUAUAAGGAAAUCGGUCAAUUGAAAUAAAUUCAUUAGGCCCUAAUCUAUGGAUUUCACAUGACUGGGGGUCACAGUUACCUUAAAAAAAGGUUGGGGUGUGGAUCAGAAAACCAGUCAGUAUCAGGUGUGACCACCAUUUGCCUCAUGCAGCGCGACACAUCUCCUUCGCAUAAGAGUUGAUCAGGCUGUUGUUUGUGGCCUGUGGAAUGUUGUCCCACUCCUCUUCAAUGUCUGUGCGAAGUUGCUGGAUAUUGGCAGGAACUGGAACAUGCUGUCGUACAUGUCGAUCCAGAACAUCCCAAACAUGCUCAAUGGGUGAAAUGUCUGAGUAUGCAGGCCAUGGAAGAACUGGGAUAUUUUUAGCUUCCAGGAAUUGUGUACAGAUCCUUGCGGCAUGGGCCAUGCAUUAUAACUCUGAAACACGAGGUGAUGGCAGUGGAUGAAUGGCACGACAAUGGGCCUCAGGAUCUCAUCAUGGUAUCUCUGUGCAUUCAAAUUGCCAUUGAUAAUGUGCAAUUGUGUUCGUUGUCCAUAGCUUAUACCUGCCCAUACCAUAACCCCACCGCCACCAUGGAUUUCACAUGGAUUUCUCUCUGUUCACAAUGUUGACAUCAGCAAGCAACUCACCCACACAAUGGCAUACACUCUGUCUGCCAUCUGCCCGGUACAGUUUAAACCGGGAUUCAUCUGUGAAGAGUACACUUUCCCAGUGUGCCAGUGCCAUCGAAAGUGAGCAUUUGCCCACUGAAGUUGGUUACGACGCCAAACUGCAAUCAGGUCAAGACCCUGGUGAGGACGACGAGUUGUACAACUGAUUGCAUUCAACUAAAAUGUCUUCUGCAUUUAACCCAACCCCUCUGAAUCAGCGCUUCCGUGAUACGGUUUCUGACAGUUUGUGCAGAAAUUCUUUGGUUGUGAAAAACCCACAGUUUAAUCAGCUGUCCGGGUGGCUAGUGUCAGACGAUCCCGUAGGUGAAGAAACUGGAUGUGGAGGUCCUGGGCUGGUGUGGUAACACAUGGUUUACAGUUGGGAGGCCGGUUGGACGUACUGCCAAAUUCUCUAAAACUGCAUUGGAAGCUUCUUAUGGUAGAGGAAUGAACAUUAAAUUCUCUGGCACCAGCUCUGGUGGACUUUCCUGCAGUCAGCAUGACAUUUCCUGGUCUUUAUAUUGUUCCCAGCACAAGGUGUGUAAUGAUCAUGCUGUUUAAUCAGCUUCUUGAUAUGCCACACGUGUCAGGUGGAUGGAUUGUCUAGGUAAAGGAAAAAUACUUACGAACAGGCAUGUAAACAAAGUUGUGCUCAAAAUUUGAGAGAAAUAAGCUUUUUGUGUUUUUUAAAAUUUCAGAUCAUGAAACAUGGGACCAACACUUUUGCGUGUUGCGUUUAUAUUUUUGUUUAGCGUACAUGUACUCUCUCAAACACAGCUGUUAGAUUAUUAAGAAGACUUUUUCAAUGAAAAAUGUAUAGAUUUUCAAAAUGGAUUACUGACCUAACUUAAUUAAGUAUUUUCUUUUCAAUAGGAUAUAUUAAACUCUACUCUAAAUGUAUUUUGUGAUAUAUAUAAGGGAAUUUAAUAUAGAUUUUAUGGGGGCUUUAUUUAUUUAUGGGUUUUCAGUGUUUCAUUACUGACAUACAGUGCAUUCAAAAAGUAUUCAGUCUUUGACUUUUUCCACAUGUUGUUGUGUAACAGCCUGAAUUUAAAAUGGUUUAAAUUGAGAUAUUGUCACACUGUCCUACACACAAUACCCCAUACUGUCAAAGUGUAAUUAUGUUUGUAACAUUUUUACAAAUUAACAAAAAAUGUAUACGGGACUGUCUUGAGUACAUAAGUAUUCAACACUUUUGUUAUGGCUAGCAUAAAUACAAGGGCACCAAUUGAUAGAUGGGUAAAAACCAAAUGAAAAGCAGACAUUGAAUAUC